GGUCACUGGAGGCUUGCUGGGAUGGAGAUCACCAGGCGUUCCUCGGUUGAUUCCGUCAAGUAGUAAAAAAUAGAAAACUGCAAAUAUAAGUCUGGAAACUGCAAAUAUAAAGUCUGUCCAACCAUCACCUGCCACAUGCAGUUUUCGCGAAAAGAGAUUCCGUCAAGUAGUUCACAGUAGAAAACUGCGAAUAUAAGAUUGUCCAAUCAUCCCCUGGCAGGCUGGCACAUGUGUUCCAGAUUUCUUGCUACUCCGCUUCCUAGAAAGCGAUCGGGAUUAGCCGCUCUUGCUUCCACCUGAUCUAGAUCUACUCCCGAGAGAGCAGCUGCGCCAGCGCCGGCGCCGGCACGCAGCCAGCCAUGGCCAUCAAAGAUGAGCAGAAGCCGCUGCACAUCCUCUUCUUCCCGUUCCUCGCGCCGGGGCACCUCAUCCCGAUCGCCGACAUGGCCGCACUCUUCGCCGCCCGAGGCGUCAAGUGCACCAUCCUCACCACCCCUGUGAACGCCCAAGUCAUCCGCUCGGCGGUGGAUCACGCCAACGACGCCUUCCGCGGCACUGAGGGCACCCUGGCCAUCGACAUCGCCGUCGUGCCUUUUCCCGACGUCGGGCUGCCUCCUGGCGUCGAGUGCGGCCCGGCCCUUAAUUCCGUGGACGACCACGAAAAGUUCUUCCACGCCGCCCAGUUACUCCGCGAGCCGUUCGACCGGUUCUUGGCGGAGAAUCGCCCCGAUGCCGUCGUGGCCGACAGUUUCUUCGAGUGGGCGGCCGACGCCGCCGCGGAGCACGGCGUCCCGCGGAUGGCGUUCCUCGGCAGCAGCUUGUUCUCGCGGACAUGCAUCGACAGCAUGCUGCGCUACAACCCCGUGGAGGCCGCCCCCGACGACCCCGACGCGCUCGUGCUGCUUCCAGGGCUGCCGCACCGCGUCGAGCUGAGGCGCAGCCAGAUGAAGGAGCCCAAGGAGCAGCCGGAGGACUGGGCCUUCCUCCAGCGCGUCAACGCCGCGGACCUGAGGAGCUACGGCGAGGUGUUCAACAGCUUCCACGACCUGGAGCGGGAGUCCUUGGAGCACUACACCACGACGCUAGGGUGCCGCGCGUGGCUCGUCGGGCCGGUCGCGCUCGCCAGCAAGAACCACGCGGCGAGGGGCGCCGGCGACGAGCCCUCGCCGGACGCGGACAGCUGCCAGCAGUGGCUCGACACCAAGGCGGAGGGCUCGGUGGUGUACGUGUCCUUCGGCACGCUGUCCCAUUUCUCGCCGCCCGAGCUGCGCGAGCUCGCAAGCGGCCUGGACAUGUCCGGCAAGAACUUCGUCUGGGUCAUCGGCGGCGGCGCGGACACCAAGGAGUCGGAAUGGAUGCCCCACGGGUUCGCGGAGCUGAUGGCGCGCGGCGACCGUGGCUUCAUCAUCCGGGGCUGGGCGCCGCAGAGGCUGAUUCUGGCUCACCCGGCAAUGGGCGGCUUCGUGACGCACUGCGGCUGGAACUCGACGCUGGAGGCGGUGAGCGCCGGCGUGCCUAUGGUGACGUGGCCGCGCUUCGCCGACCAGUUCUACAACGAGAAGCUGGUGGUCGAGCUGCUCAAGGUCGGUGUCAGCGUGGGGUCCACGGACUACGCGUCGAAACUUGAGACACGGCGCGUGAUCGGCGGCGAGGUGAUUGCGGAGGCCAUUGGGAGAGUGAUGGGCGACGGCGAGGACGCAGAGGCAAUACGAGAGAAGGCCAAGGAGCUCGGGGAGAAGGCCAGGCGUGCGGUGGCCAAGGGUGGGUCCUCUUACGAUGACGUCGGACGCUUAAUGGACGAGCUGAUCGCUCGUAGGAGCUCCGUCGAUGUCUGAUUUGAAGAACUCAGCCAUGAAUAGCUUCCCGCAGGAAGCAUAUGGGGGCGGGAUUUGCCAGAGGCCGAACGCCAUCGGAAUGGGGAUGGAGGGGAUUUGCCAGAGGCCGAACGCCAUCGGAAAGGGGAUGGAGAGCAGGUGUCGUCUGCCGGUUGGGAUCUGAGGCCAAAGAUGGGCGCCGUCGAGAGUAUCAGAGAUGGACAGUAGAGUAGCAAGGAUAGGGAAGAGCGGAGCCACCGGGAAGAGCCACCGUGCCCACGCCAUUGGGGAGGAGGCGUGCGACCGGUGGGAGAAGGCGUGCGGCGUUGGGUGCGAGUCGAGACGCAGGCAGCGGCGUCGGGUGCGAGUGCGUGCGGGAGGAGAAUGGAGAAAGGAAAAAAAUAGGUAGCCAGGUUUGUUGGCCCAACAGAUUUAGGUAGUCAAGUAGGUAGUCUGUUCGAGUGAGUUUUUUGGCCUCCACUACCUAGAUACCGGAUAGGUAGUGGGUUUAGGUAGUGUGCUGAAGGUUUUGUCUUUUUUUUUAUUUAUUUGGUUGAAUCUUUGAAAUCAUAGAGAAAAAAUAUAAAAUAUAAAAUCUAAUUUUGUUGGACUUCACAUGAGUAUAUAUACACACAAUAAAUAUAUAAUAUGGUAAGCUUUUAAUUUGAUUGAAUAUAGUUUAAAAUAUACUUAUUUUAAAAUACAACUGGUUGUUGGGUGUAAAGUUUUCUUAUAGCCUUCUCUUAGUCCACUAAUAUACUCUCUUCAUGCCAAAUCAUAAGACAUUUUAGCAUUUCAUGUAGUUUUUGCUAGGGAUAUAAGUUGCCUCUAGCUACAUAGUAGAAACUAUAUAUAUAGAAAUAUUAAAAUAUCUUAUAAUUUAGAAAGGAGGGAGCAGUAGUUAGCUCUCACUAUUAAUACAUAUCUGACUUGUCCCUCUCAUAAAGUUACUUGGUUUUCGUGCCUAAGCCGAUUGUGAGCUUACAACCCCUUGUCCUCUCUCCUCCACAUCACCAUUUAGCCAGCUUAUGACCUGCUAUUAUACUUCUCUGAUGGCUUUGUCACUUCGUCGGUGCCAACGGUUUCCCCCUUUAUCUUAAUAUAAGCUCUCUCUCCUUUCAAAAACACUAGGUAAAGGGUACUAUGCAAUGACGCAUGUCGUUCGCAUGUAGAUGAGCCACCAAUGCUCCAAUUGCUCUUGCGUGGGGAGAACAAAGUGGGUUUUAAACAACCUCGAUGUGAAAUAGUACUACUGUAGAUCUGGAAAAUUUUGUCGCCACCAUGAGUGACAGUUUUUAGAGUUAUCAUAUAUGUUGUGAAAAGUACUUAUAAUUUAAUUGAAUUAUAAAGAAAUUAUAUUAAAUCAGUAUCAUUAUGUGCAUCAUAGAAAUAUUUUAAAAUAUACUUAUUUUUUCUUCAAAAGAAUUAGCCAAAGUUUUGGGUAUAACUUAAAACAAGAAGGUUUUCUUUUGAAACUACUUAUAAAAUAAUAAGUUGAUUUAAUUGGAUCUGGAGAAAGUAAUUCGGUUGCGUAUACCAGUGUAUGAUCUUGAACAGUUAUCUCAUUGGGCACUAGCCCAAUAGCCUAGUGUACGUGUGGAAGUGAAAGUAUUCCAUCGGAGUUGUUUGUAAAGUCUAACCGAGUUGCGAGUCUUUUUUUCCUAGGCUAUGUUUUUAAAAUAAUUUUUCUAGCAAAUUUGUUUCAUAUAUAAUACAACUUUCAUCAAAUCAUAAAAUAAAGAUGUCAAAAAAGAAAAAGAAAAAACGAAAUUCCGCGCAGCUAGAGUAAAACCUCCCCGCCUCCGCCCGGCAGUUCGCAUACGUGCGUGCCGACACGUGGGCCCGGCGAUCGCCCAGUACCAGAGUUUGCGGUUGGAGACGGCAGAAAGAGCGGGCGGACGCGCACGCGCAGAUGGCCCGUCCGCUGCCACUGCCCCGCCGCCGCCGCCGCCGCCGCCUCACUACUCUCCGUCUCUCCCUCUCUCUCACACAUCUGCUGCCGCUCUCCCUCUCCCCGCGCGUGCUACCAUCCUCCGUUUCGUCUCCCACUACACCGGCGCCCCACCCUUCCUCUUCCCGUGCCGGCCUCCAUUGACGGUGGCGCGCGCCGACCUCGUUGUGUGUGGUGCGCCCGUGCGUUGCAGCGCAGCGAUGCGAGGGGACGUUGCCGCUUGGCGAUGAGUUGGAGGCGCCGGGUCCAGAUGACGCUGCCGCGUCCGUGAGGAGGAUCGCCGCGGCGCUGUGCCGGGCGCAUCCGCCGCCGCGGGAGUGCGGGAAAACGCGCGCGGCGACGGUUGCAUCGGAGGUGAGCCUUUUUCUCGACUCGAGAUCCAUGCAUCUGCGGUGUUGCUUUCUAGCAGGCGAGCUCUAUUGCAGCAACGCACUGGCAAUGGCAAGAGAAGAUGGGCUCCAUCGCUGAGCCUGCGGAACUUGUACGAGCUUGAUGAGGAUUUUCCUUGUUUGUUUCGCCAGUUGCAUUUCCUACCCGGCCCGGCUAUGCCGUCGCAACAGUGUUGUCCAGUGCUCUCUCUCUCUCAAAAAAAAAAAGUUGUUCAGUUCCUCAAACGGGGGUAGUUGUUCAGUUGACACAGAACAGUCCACUCUCUCUCUAGAUAUAUAAACAGGGCGAACUGCUAUCGUGAAGAGCCGUUCCUCAAUAUAUAUAUUCAUUCAAAGAACCCUUAUUUAUAUCUGCA